UAUUUGCGCAGGAUACGGUUCAACACAUGUAAGCAAUAGAGCUGAAAUGAUUCGCUAAUUACGCAUGCGACACAUCACAUUUUUAACACUUGUAUAUUAAUAACACAUCUUGGUCACUUCAAGUGGCAGAAUCGGAUCCUGCGUCCGAUCCGACGGCUUAUUUUUAGGGCGCACAUCACUAAAUAUAACCCGCCCCUCUCCGUGCUGUGUUAUCGCGUCACAACAUGUAACAUGAUCCCGGUUUGUUUUGUUUUUUUCUUCCCCGCCGGCUGAGAUGGAUGACUGGUGUCGGGUUUUGGGGCUAUAAAAGGAGGGACAAGCUCGAGGGGCUCCACACUCAUCAUCCAAAGUCAAACCUGCAGAGGUAGAAGAGAUAGAGUCCUCAAAGGAUUAACCUCCUGUCAGUGGGCCUGCUCUGGGUCACAAGUAUUUCAUCAGUUUUUAUUUUUGAUCUCAUUUUUUUUUUUUUACACCUCUGGGUAAACCUGUAUGUUUCACCUCAGCUGGCUACACCAUCAAAAUGACUUUUUGGUGCACCUCCUGCAGAUGUCAUGUAAAGUCUCCGUGCACCUCUCAUCAUGUGCCCGAGGAUCACCACGGCGCCUCCUGCAGAAGGUUCAGAUCCACCAAAGGAGCAUCCAAAGCCCGACGGGACCACAUCAAUCAUGAGAUCAGGAAUAUGCGCGCCCUGUUGCCCAUCACACAGGAGGACCAGGAGCGUCUUUCCUACCUGCACUCCAUGGCUGCCAUCUGCGCCUACAUCAGGAAGUCUGUUCUCUUCCAGGGUCUUCCAGCCGGAGAGAGAUCACACUGCUCUCUGCCAUAUGAGGCCUUUCUUCAAGCCCUGCACGGCUUCAUCCUGGUCACUACCACCCAGGGGAGGCUGGUGUAUGUGUCUGAAAAUGUAGCUGAAUAUCUUGGCCUUUCAAUGAUAGAUGUGCUUCAAGGAGACACUUUCUUCGACAUGGUGGAACAGUCAGACGUUGAUAUUGUUAAAUCAAACCUGGAUAUUGAAAACAACUCAUCAUCAGAGAGGAGCUUUAUAUGCUGUAUGCAAACCUCCAAGGCCUUCAAGCUGCAACACGGCAGCUGCUGUUCCAUGAUGGUCAGAGGGAGCUUCCAGUCUUUCCCUCAGCCUCUCCCAUCCUCCUCUUCAGCCUGUCCCACCAACCAGCCUCUGUUUGUGGCCCUCUGCACCCCCACGGUCAACCGCCUGCGGAGCUCAGACUCCCACUUCUGUCACAGCUUCAGCAGUGUCCACAGACUCGACAUGACCUUCACUCAGCUGUCGGACAGUGUUUUAUAUUUUUUGGGGUACUCAGCAGAAGAAAUGACUGCACAAUCGUGGUACAGUCUCGUCCACCCUGAAGAUCUUUCUCUGAGUGCAGAUUCUCAUAGAAGUUUAAUGCAAGCAGAUGAGGGCUUCCAGGUAGAGAUGGUUCUCAGACUCCAGUGCAAGGAUCUGUCAUGGUGUUGGAUCUACAUUCAAGCUAACAAGGACUCUGAGUGCCAUGGUGUGAGCUGCACUAACUUCAUCAUCAGUGAAACAGAAGCCAGAUAUCUGCGGGAGAAAAUCAGCAGCGAUGCCUUCAGGCCAUCGUCUCUGGCAAAUUCCAGCCAUUUUGCAGGUCAACAGGCGCCCCACGCUCAGAGCCAAAACAACACUAAAUGCUGUAAAAGGCAGAGGACGUCUAACAGCCAAAGUGAGGAGCCAGGUGCCAAAGCUAGGAGGGAGUCGGAGCAAGACAUUUACUAUGCGGCGUGCGCCUCCUCCCACGGCGAUAGCUCCCCUGUUCCCUUGGGUGACAGCCCUGCUCUCUUCACCCCUCCCUACAGCCCGGCCUCCUCCAGCUCCCCUCUGCAACAGGAGGAGCUCAGCCAUGACCUCCUGAUGGAUGUGCAUGGAUACACAGAUCAGCUGCUGUCCUCCCCUGAGUGCUCUCCCUCCUAUUACUCCUACCCAGAGGCAGCUCUCACCUGUCACCAAUCACCCUCUGACUCCCUCCCUGCAGCUGCCGAACAAACCUUUGACCAGGCAGCCCUCGGCGCACUCAGUGCUCGCUCUCCACCUUCCUCCUCAUCUCCAACCUAUGAUUUCCAAGCUUGUUCGGCCGAUGCUCGAUUAGUUCCAGACCGCCUGUCUGUGUCCGACAUGUGUGAGAGCCCAGUAGACUGUGCUCUGCAUCAAGACGACUUCAGCCUCAUAGAGCAGCCACACGGGGGCAGCCUUGUCCAAGUGCAUCAUGUUCCCCAACAUGUGUUGCCCCUACAUUCCAGUCUUCUUACCCCCAACCAAUCUCCCACAUCCACAGAGUCUAACCAUUACAGCGAGCGGGAACAGGCAGAGAUCAGUAUUCUGGCCCAGCAGAUCUCCUCCCUGGCCAGCAGCUUUUCUAUGCAUCACACCCUGAACCCACUUCAAAGCGUGGCCCAACCUGCUCCCACUAACACCCUGCCCUCACCCUGCGACUGGCCACAUCACCCUCGUCACCCCUCAGCCCUUCCUCUAAAGCACGAGAUGGUCCUCGAUGACUGCGUGUUCGACAGCAUCCUGAAAGACCUUGACAUGGUCACAAGGAAAAGCAGCACGUCCGACCAUGGUGUUGUGCCACACAGCUACCAGCAGGGCUUGUUGUGCUGCAGGAGUGAGAACCAUCAGUUGGGGCAGGAGCCCCUCGGUCUCCCCCUGACCAUCACAGAGGACCCGCUGCCUGUAGAGCAUUUCACUGCAAUGGAUCCCUUCAGUUUGCAGUUGGGACGCCAUGACCAAAACACUGGGUUGCAUCAACUCAACCACUACAUGCAGAGUGGCCUUCAGCAAGAUGGACUUGCUGAAGAAAACCUGUACUGAAAUAAGUCUGUGACUUACUGCACUACCACUUGUAUGACAUAUUGUCAGGGCAAACUUCCCACUGGAUUCAAAAAAUGUGAGCAAAGGCAUUUAAAGGACAUCUUUACAGAGACACUGUCCUCAAAUGACUUUACCUGAAUGUAGAAAGGCAUCUAAAGUAGAUCAUGUGCUCUUCAGGACUACAGCUUUGUCAUCAUUUCUCAGCACUGCUGUCAGCUGUGUUUUUUUUGUUUUGCUGAUGUCUUGUAUUUUAUGAAAAGGGUACUUUUUAACAAAUGCGUCUGACAACACUUACUCACUGAAAUGGAGGUAUAUUUUUCUUCUAAUGCUGAGUGACUGCAGUUUACUAUUGAGCACUUUAUCAAUGUCAUUGCCACAAGAAUUUUAUAAAUGAGAGGGCGUGCUGAUUUAAAGGAGUAUUGCGUAGAUUUCAGAUAAGCUUUAAGACAUGAAUCAUUCCUUAUGACAAAGAGCCAUUUGUAAAUGUUUGGUUUUAGGUGCCUUAAAAACACAAAGGGAAGACACUUAUCAGUUUCCUUAAAAGAAUGUAUAUAUAUUUACACUACUUACGUCUCAUUUUCCUCAAUGUGCCAAUAAUGCUUUCAGUUUGUUCUGAAUAAAGAAAUCAGUCAGCGAGAUGAAGAUUGUUACAUAAACACCUACCUCGAUGGUACAUCUGAAUACAUUCCAAGUCUGAGUUUGAUGAAUUAAUAAUAUUUAUUUUGAACAUCACUCCUCACUCUCACUUCAUAGUUAAAAAUAUUUUUUUUACUUAACUACAAUGUGAAUCUUAAACUUAAUCAUUCCAUAUUUGUUUGUUUUUUUGUUUAUUCAUGGUACUGAUACUGCACGUGUCUGAAUGUUGAAUGAUAUUGUGUUGU